AUGCAGGACCCAGCCUUGAGGAAGCCCCGAUAUAGCGAUGUCGACCCCUUUGCGCGCAGCUCUCAUAAAUACCACCGCGCCUCCGACGAGCCAAAUUCUGCCGACGUGCACGCGCUUUUCUCGCAUUUUGGCACAAAAACCGGAGGGUGGCCCCAAAAGAUACCUCGCCUCCACACACAAUUUUGUCUGCCCACCUCCUCGUCGACAUUUUAA